AAGAGCAAGAAGAAAUCUUUAAUUUAUUAAAAAAUAAUGGUGUACCUCCUUUGACUAAUGCAACUAAAAGACAAGUUUCAGAUAUUUUCAAAUCUUCUUUAUCACAACCUUCAUCUCAAUUUGUAUCACCCCAUAAAAUAAUUGUUCAUUCAUUAUAUGAACCUAUGGAUAAUUAUAUUGUUAGAUCAUUAUCAAAGGAAGAUUUAAAAAAAUUUAAUAUUUUAUUACUUCGACUUACCGUUUCUUGUGAAUGGGCUUUAUCAUGGGUUAACAAACCUGAAGCUAAAGAGUUAUUUAAUUUUCUAAAUCCUCUUUUAAAGUUAUCAGAUUAUCAUUUACUUGGAGGAAAAAUAUUAAAAAAAGCAGUAGAAAAUUCAGACGAAUUAAUGGAAAGUGCUCUUAGAGAAGAUCCAGUUGGUAUAACAUUAACAUUUGAUGGAUGGAUAAAUGUUAAAAAUGAACAAUUAUUAGGAAUGGUUUUAAUAACUUCUGAAGGUAGACCAUUUGUUUGGAAGGCAGUAGAUAUUAGUUUAGAAUGGGAGAAUCAUAUUAAAGUAAUGGAAAAAAUACAAUCUACGGUUAAAGAAUUAAAUAAUAAACAAAUUACCAUUUGUGCGAUCGUUACUGAUAAAUCAGUGAAAUUUAAGACUACAAUUGAUAAAGGCAUUCGUCUUGCAACAUAUUUUCGAAAUUCAAACAAUAAAUUCUUUAUUGUAAACUUAAAAGAACUUCAGUAUGAAACUUAUCAAAAAUAUAUUAUGUCAAUUGUUCCUGCGGAAACAAGAUGGAAUAGUAUUUAUAUAAUGUGUACAAGUCUUUUAAAUACUCAAAAAGCAUUGCAAAUACUGACUAUUAAAUUUGAACCACCAAUUGUUAAACCUCGACGUAAAGAAAGAGAUAGUUCAAAAAUUUCACAAGCAAUAUUUGAAAUUAUUAAUUCAGAAACUUUUUGGAGAAAUCUUUUAUCAAUUACAAAAAUAUUAGAACCAUAUAAUAAAAUACUCAAUAUUUUACAACGUGAUAAAGCACGUUUAUUUCAAGUAACACAUAGUUUUGGAUAUCUUGCACAAUUUUGGUCAAGAUAUGAUAAUUUUGAAUUUGCUGCAAAAAAUCAUUAUGUUUGGCGAUACUGGUGUUAUAUUUCUGUUUCUACAAGUGAAUUAAGCUUUGUUGCCUGUAGAAUAUUUGGGAUUUGUACUAAUGCAGUAUCAGUUGAAAGACUUUGGUCUUGUAUAGGAUUUUUACAAACAAAUCGGCGAAAUCGAUUAAUGUCAUCACGCGCUCUUGAAAUAAGUAAACUUCGAACAGAUAUUACUUAUUCACUUUGGUUAACUUUUAUAACAUCUACAAUAUCAGAACCUUUAUUUGAAAUUGUUAAAGACAAUGAAAAUAAUGAAAUUAAUAAUCAAGAAAAUAAUGAAGAAAAUAAUGAGGAUCAAAAUUGUGAAAACUUAAUAGAUGAUGAUGAAAAUUUAAUAGAUGGAAGUGAUGAAGAAUUUGAAAAUGAAUAUAAUUAUGAUGACGAAGAUAACAUAGUUGAUAAUAUAAUUCAUCCUGCCAUUGACACUAAUGCAAAAUGGGAAUUAACAAAUCUUUUUAAAAAUAAUCUAAAACUUCCUUUCUAA